AUGGUCUCGUGCCCGAUCUGCGGGAAGAACGUGCGCCAGGCCAGUAUCAAUGACCACCUUGAUUCAGGCUGCGAAUCUUACAUUGAAACCGAAAAUGGCACCGGUAGUAGAAGCUCUACGCCAGUAUCCAGCUUCUUCAAGACCCCGAUAGCGAGGAAAGAGCCUCUUAAUGGUCAUCCAACAUCCUCUCCCAGUGCACCGCCGAGCUCGAGUAUCAAGAGACCUCUGAAUGAGGAAAGUGACACCCACAAGAAUGAUACUUCCCAGUCGACCAGUUCCGAGCAGCCCGCGAAACGUUCCAAACCCAAUGCCUUCGAGAAGGCCGCGCCACUCGCCGAGCGCAUGCGCCCGAAAACUCUUGACGAGGUAUGCGGACAGUCGUUAGUCGGGCCUCAAGGUGUCCUUCGGGGACUGAUCGAAUCCGACCGAGUACCUAGCAUGAUUCUCUGGGGUGGUGCUGGCACCGGCAAGACAACUAUAGCUCGCGUCAUCGCCAACAUGGUAGGCUCACGCUUCGUUGAGAUAAACAGCACCUCCAGUGGUGUCGCAGAAUGCAAGAAGAUUUUCGGCGAAGCAAAAUCAGAACUCGGCCUCACUGGUCGCAAAACCAUCAUCUUUUGUGACGAGAUCCACCGCUUCAGCAAGACACAACAAGACGUGUUUCUGGCUCCUGUUGAAGCCGGGACUGUUACACUCAUUGGAGCAACAACAGAAAAUCCCAGCUUCAAAGUUCAAAAUGCUCUCCUCUCGCGCUGCAGGACGUUCACCCUGGUCAAGCUCAGGGACGAGGACGUGACCUCAAUCCUCACCCGGGCAUUGAAGCUGGAGCUCGCAGACCGGCCCCGCCCCUCUCCCCUACUGGACGAAACUCUUCUGCCAUACCUGGCUACUUUCUCGGACGGCGAUGCUCGCACCGCUCUCAAUCUCCUGGAUCUCUCCCUCUCCCUGCUCACGCGCCAACCGGAUCUUAGUCUCCCAGACCUCAAAUCAGCUCUCACUAAAACGCUGGUCUACGACCGCUCUGGCGAUCAACACUAUGACACGAUCAGCGCUUUCCACAAAUCCGUGCGGGGGUCCUGCGCCGAUGCCGCCCUGUACUACCUCGCUCGCAUGCUCUCUUCGGGCGAAGACCCGUUGUAUAUUGCACGCCGCAUGAUUGUCAUCGCUUCCGAGGACGUCGGGAUUGCAGACAACACUCUGCUUCCGCUUGCCAUUGCCGCGUAUACGGCUGUGGAGAAGGUCGGUCUGCCAGAGGCCCGCAUCAACCUCGCACAUGUGACCGUGGCACUAUGCCAGGCAAAGAAGAGCACUCGAGCGUAUCGAGCUUUGAGUGCAGCAAUGCAGGCGAUCGAAAGGGAGCCGGGUAUAGGUGGCUUGCCGAUUCCGGUGCACCUCAGAAACGCGCCGACGCGGCUGAUGAAGGACUUGGGGUAUGGGAAGGAGUACAAAUACAAUCCCGAUUAUCUCGGUGGAAGAGUGAAGCAGGAGUAUUUACCGGAAAAGAUCCAGGGGAGGCAGUUUCUCGAGGAGAGAGAUCUCGGGACCAUCGUGGAUGAGGACUUGAGUGACCUUGAAGGGGAGGUGGAUGGAGCGAAAGAGACUGAGCGAGAUCAAAUGAGUGGUGAGGAAGAUGAGGAGGUGCUCUUCGAGUAUUGA